AUGUUGGGCGCUUCAUUCCCGCGCCUCGUAGCGCGCGCAGGACUCAGGUCAACGCCAUUACAGGCGCGCUUCGCAUCCACCUCCGCCCCCACCUCCGCCUUCGCAUCCCGCGCUGCUCUCGCUGCAUCUACAGCGGCUGCCGCUGGAUCCGCUGCGUGGUACUUCCACCUGUACGGCUCGUUGCCAUUCCUCGCCGAGGCAUCGGCCAACACCGCCGCCGAGGUCGGUCUGCACCCCGCCUCGAUCCCGUUCGAGCACAAGGGGUUCUUGGAGACAUACAACCAUGGAAGCAUCAGGAGGGGAUACCAGGUGUACCGGGAAGUCUGCUCAGCGUGCCACUCGCUCGACCGGAUCGCUUGGCGUAACUUGGUCGGUGUCAGUCACACCGUUGAUGAGGUCAAGGCGAUGGCGGAGGAGGUCGAGUACACGGAUGGGCCCAACGACGAGGGAGAGAUGUUCCAGCGACCAGGAAAGCUCGCCGACUACAUGCCCCCACCUUACCCCAAUGACGAGGCUGCCCGUGCCGGUAACAACGGUGGUCUUCCCCCAGACCUUUCAUUGAUGUCCAAGGCCCGUCACGGCGGUGUCGACUACAUCUACUCCCUUCUUACCGGCUACGUUGACCCGCCACCAGGUGUCAAGGUCGCCGAGGGCAUGAACUACAACCCUUACUUCCCCGGUGGCGGUAUCGCCAUGGCCCGAGUACUGUACGACGGUCUCGUCGAGUACGAUGAUGGCACCCCCGCCACCUCGUCCCAGAUGGCUAAGGAUGUCACCACUUUCCUGGCGUGGACUGCUGAGCCCGAGCACGACCAGCGGAAGAAGAUGGGUCUCCAGGCCAUCAUCAUCCUCUCCACCAUGACCGCCGCGUCGCUCUACGUAAAGAAGUUCAAGUGGUCGGUCGUCAAGAACCGCAAGAUCUUCUACAACCCACCCAAGAAGUAA